GGUCGUUCAUUUCAAUCGAAAAUGUUUGCGGCGGCGUUAAGAUGUACGAAAACGUUUUCUCGCCAAAUUUAUGUGACUAUCUGUGGAAAUUCAGUGAAAAAAGAAAACUGUGAAAAAUUCUGUGGUCAUUGCGGAAAAUAUUAAAUAUUUUAUAAGCACAAAUUUUCCUUAAAAAAAGGAAUAAAUAUUUGAAAAAAAACCUCUCCGAAAUCGUGGUUGUAACCAAAUACGAGAAAAAGAAUUUUAAAAUCAACAUUGUACUGGAACGUUUAUCUACAAAACCCCAACUCUUAAAUUUUGUGGAUUUGCAGCGCAUAUCGCGCUAGCGUUGCGAAAACCAAAUGCAUAGACCACAUAUUUUACACCAAGAUCAAUAUCCGCGAUUUGAAGAAGUGGAGUAUAAGCUUCUGGCAUUGAAACAUUUGGAAAAACGGCGACUGCGAGCGUUAGCAGAUAUAUAUUAUUGUCACAUACGAUCUUAAAAGAAACAAUAAAAAAAAAAAAGACACGCAAGGAGCGAAAAUCUAAACUAGUAAUCAAAGACGGUAGGAAAUCCAACAAGAGACACAUCAGAAAUAAAAUUAUAAUCUUCAGUAGUAAUAAGCAAUAGAAAAAAACUCAACCAAACAAAUACAAAACAAGAAGAUGAUGAAGCGCACUCGCGUUGAUGAGGUGCAGUUUGGCACACGUCCUGGAGCCCCAGUUUCAGGAGGAGGACCUGGUGGUGCUGCUGCAGCCAGCGGUAUUAUUCCUAUUUCCACCUCAGGCAGUGCCAGUUUGGGAGUCAAUGCAACGAGUGUUACUAUUGGUACAGUUGUACCAAGUGCACACAAUGCUACAAUUAGUGGAAUGAGCUCCAUUCAUCAUCGGCUUUUGACUCCACAGCAUGGAGGCGCCCAGACCAUAGCGUAUUUGCCGUCGACCACGCCCACGGCAACGAAUUUGAAGACAACCAGCUCACUUGUGGAUAAUCCGACCACAGGUGUGGUUGCAACUCAGGCUGCUACAAUAGUAGGAGGAGGAGGUGCUGUAGUUGUCUCAACAGGAACUGCAGGAACUCAAACAUUACAAUUUACCACAACGUAUAGCGUGGCUUCUAUUCAAGCUGGAGGCCCCCUUAAAACUGGCACAGCCGAUGGCAAUACUGUGCAAAUUCAUGUUACUGGUGGUGUACCAUCUUCUGGACCACUGCCGGCUAAUUCGCAGAGUAUAUCAGGCAACCCUCAAACAGGUCAGCCCGUACGACAGCGAACAAUAAGUGGCACCCAGACCCAAAGUAGUGUUGCUGCCGUAGUCAGUAAUCUUUCAUCAACGUCAUCACAGCCGCUUCAAACUUUAAGCACCUCACAGACGCCGCCGGCGGGUCAAGCUACUCCUCCAUCAUCAGCAAAUCCAAUUAGUAUAGGGAAUAUAACGCCACCACAAGGCGGGCAAUCAUCUGGCGGAGGCAGUGCCACGCCUCGCCUUAAAGUGGAAGACGCCUUGAGCUAUCUCGACCAGGUCAAAUAUCAAUAUGCGGAUCAGCCGCAAAUAUAUAAUAACUUUUUGGACAUUAUGAAGGAGUUUAAGAGUCACUGUAUAGAUACCCCAGGGGUAAUAGAACGCGUAUCCACACUUUUUAAAGGACACACAGAGUUGAUAUAUGGCUUUAACAUGUUUUUACCACCUGGGUACAAGAUUGAGAUUCAUUCUGAUGCCUUGGGUUGCUCGGUGCCAGUUGUGUCAAUGCCUUCGCCACCUGGAGCACCUUCUAGUACUAGCACAGUGCAUAUGAUAACUGGCAAUAAUCCACUUUCUAGUGCGGGGCAUUCUUUAAAGACACCCACAGCAGCAACUGCAGCUCCAUUAUCUCAAUCAGGUAGUGCCACUACAUCAGUGACCGUAGCACAAAUCCAUGCAACAGGAACGGGAGCUGUUAAUUUAAUGACUCAUGGGGGUGCAUCUUUGACGCAAGCCACUAUGCAAGCUUUGCAGCAUCAGCAGUCUACACCCACUCAGUCGCAAUCGCCAGGAGCGCCGCACGGCCAUGUACACGUGAGCGUGACCAGCUCGCCUACAAGCGGCCAACCGCAUACAAUAUCAGUAUCGUCUGCGGGAGGACACAACGUGCCACAGAAUUACUCUCGUGAUCGUGAGCGUGCCACAAUAACGCCUACAGCUGGUCAAGUAGGACACGGUGGACCUCCCGUUCCAGUAGCAACAACAACUAGUAUUGUGGUGGGUGGGCCACCUACCCCCAAUUCGUUAAGUGAAUUAAGUCCGCAUGGAGGUGGCAGUGGAACAGGAAUGGGAGUAGUUGCAGCAGCAGGUAACCAGCACAAUCUACAUCACAUACAACAGGCGCAUCAAUCUAUUCUACUGGGUGAGACAACGGGACAACAAAAUCAACCAGUGGAGUUUAAUCAUGCCAUUACUUAUGUUAACAAGAUCAAGAACCGUUUUCAAAACCAACCGGCUAAAUAUAAAAAAUUUCUCGAGAUUCUUCAUGCCUAUCAAAAGGAGCAGAAAGUCAUUAAGGAGGGUACUCUAAAUCAGGGUAAAAUGCUCACGGAACAAGAAGUGUAUACACAAGUCGCCAAGCUCUUUGGACAAGAUGAAGAUUUGUUAAGGGAAUUCGGCCAGUUUCUUCCGGACGCCACAAAUCAUCAAUCAUCAGCUGCAGCUCCGACGGGCUCAGGCGGGGGUCAAUAUCUCUCAAAAUCGUCGGCAGCAGCUAUACACAAUCAUCAUCAUGACCAACAACAGAAUAAGCAACGCCCACCCACAGCCACAUUAAGUGGCGGAGCUCAUAUUAGCAUGUCAUCAACAACGUCAUUACCAACACCGCACAGUGGCGGAUCUCCGCUUCAUUUAAGUAGUGGAGCUACCCUUUCUUCUGUUGAAAAUAGUGCAAAUGCACAUGCGGCUGCAAUUGGAAAUUUGUCGGCUGUUAAUACAAGUGUCAGUAUAAAGACCUACAACAACAAUAACUCCCAGCAACAGAAUCACGCGAUGGGCAGCGGUUUGUCCAAUAGAAAUGAUGUUAUUUUUGAUAAGGACUAUAACGCUGGCUUGCCAUCUGGCUUACAGCCAAAUCAAAGGGCACCAGGCAUUGGACAUCAUACCGUAAGUGGUCAUCCUGUCGGUAAUCUCCGCGCAGGUGGCCUUCUUUCUUACGAUAAGGAGCAUCGCAAUAAUCAUCACGUACAAAAAUAUGUUGGGAGUCAUCACCAUCACGCUCAAAAUCAAAGCAUUGGCCAACACAUGAAAAAGUCACCUAUAUAUGGAGGAAGCGGUUUAUCCAGUAUAACGAAUCUUGGCGAUCAUUCAUUGGAUCGUAGUUCACCUGGUGUCGGUUAUGCGACGACACCGCUUCCAACUGGCACAAAUUCGUUUCAUUCACAUCACAAUCAACUUGGUUCAGGUCCCUUAUCUAUCUCCAGAAGGCCAUUGGAAGAACAUCCGGGUAGCAGUGGCGGACCCCCUCCGGCAAAAAGACCGAAACCGUAUUGUCGAGAUGUUAGCUUUUCGGAAGCAUCGAGCAAAUGCACCAUUUCGGAUGCUGCGUUUUUCGAUAAGGUGCGCAAGGCAUUACGCAGUCCAGAUGUUUAUGAUAAUUUCCUGCGAUGCCUUACACUAUUUAAUCAAGAAAUCGUUUCUAAAACGGAACUAUUGGGUCUUGUAUCGCCAUUUUUGACGAAAUUUCCCGAUUUGCUGCGCUGGUUUACCGAUUUUCUUGGACCCACUGUGGGAGGACCUGUUAGCGGGCUUAUUGACGGUUUACCAUUGGCAGCCACUCAACAGCGUCAAGGUGGCAGUAAUAGUUCCAAUGAUCGGGCUGGUAUUCAUCAAAGCUCAGCCGAUUAUGUGCAAGAUGUGGAUUUGUCUUUAUGCAAGCGUCUUGGGGCCUCUUAUUGUGCGUUGCCUCCGUCCACAGUCCCAAAGAAAUGCAGUGGCAGAACGGCAUUAUGCAAAGAAGUUCUUAACGAUAAGUGGGUCUCAUUUCCAACUUGGGCUAGUGAGGAUUCCACAUUUGUUACUUCCAGAAAGACCCAAUUCGAGGAGACCAUAUACAGGAAUAUUCACAGAACUGAGGAUGAACGCUUCGAAUUGGACCUUGUAAUUGAGGUCAAUAGUGCUACCAUUCGAGUUUUGGAGAAUGUUCAGAAAAAAAUGUCACGGAUGUCCUCGGAAGAACUAGCCAAAUUUCAUUUGGAUGACCAUUUGGGUGGUACCUCUCAGACCAUUCAUCAGCGAGCCAUUCACCGCAUUUAUGGCGACAAAUCUGGUGAAAUCAUUCAGGGAAUGAAGAAAAGCCCUUCCGUGGCUGUUCCUAUCGUUCUUAAGCGCCUGAAAGUGAAAGAGGAAGAGUGGCGAGAUGCUCAAAAGAACUUCAACAAACAAUGGCGCGAACAAAAUGAGAAGUAUUACCUCAAAUCACUGGAUCAUCAAGCAAUUAAUUUUAAGCCCAAUGACAUGAAGGCUCUGCGAUCCAAGAGCCUGUUCAAUGAAAUUGAAACAUUGUACGAUGAACGUCAUGAUCAAGAGGAUGAUAUGAUGGACUCAACUGGACCACAUUUAAUAUUGCCCUAUAAAGACAAAACAAUUUUGGAUGAUGCAGCUAAUUUACUUAUCCAUCAUGUUAAACGUCAGACCGGUAUUCAAAAGCAAGAAAAGCAGAAAAUCAAACAAAUUAUUCGACAAUUUGUGCCUGAUCUCUUUUAUGCGCCAAGGCAGCCGCUUAGCGACGAUGAGCGUGAUGAUGCCUUUCAAUUUUUGGUAGAUGACAAUACAAAAGUGGACGUUGAUUUGGUGCCAUUGCAUAGGACCUCAGAAAUGUUAUCGUCUACUGACAUUACCUGCAACAAGGACAGCGAAAAUAUCUCCAGCGCAACGUCUUCGCCUGUACGAAGUUUAAGCGGCCCAUCUGUGGCAGUUAAAAAAGAAGUCGGUGCGGCUAUUACUGGAAAACCGAUAAAUGCAACGAACAAUACCGCAACUGGGACCAGCUCUACAACCGAUGACAUUGGGCCGUCGACGUCAACGGUUGCAGUAGUAGACGAUCUCGGGUGCUCAGCAACGACUUUAAACGCUAAGAGAGAUUUUUUGAGUCAAAGUAGUAGAGGAGAUGAGCAAACAAAUACCAACAUAAACUCAACAUAUUCUAUAGUCUCCUCCUCAUCUAAUAGUUCACGGGAAGGUGAAGUUUCGCUUCCUGAUGUUGAAGUAAAGCAAGAAAAGCAUUCCGUAGAGUUGACCCACACACAUCCUUCUUUGCUGCCUUUGCAUGCUCAAAGUCAACAUCAGGAUGAGUCGUAUUCGUUAUUCUUUGCCAAUAAUAAUUGGUAUUUGUUUCUGCGUCUUCAUGCGAUUCUCUGUGACCGCCUGCAUGCGAUGUAUGAACGUGCACGUCUACUGGCAAUUGAGGAAGAGCGUAGUCGAGCAAAUCGGCGUGAAAGCACUGCUACAGCGCUGCGGCUGAAGCCCAAGCCAGACAUUCAAAUGGAAGAUUACUAUCCCACGUUCCUUGAUAUGCUUAAGAAUGUGCUAGACGGUAAUAUGGACUCGAAUACGUUUGAGGAUACAAUGAGAGAAAUGUUUGGUAUCUACGCCUACAUAUCUUUCACGCUCGAUAAGGUCGUUUCUAAUGCUGUACGUCAGCUUCAGUAUUGUGUUACUGAGAGAGCUGCUUUAGACUGUGUAGAACUUUAUGCCACGGAACAGAGGCGCGGAAGCACUGGCGGUUUUUGCAGAGACGCUAACAAGUACAAUGAGAAAGAGAUGGUUUAUCAGCGAAAGGCAGAGAAUAUACUUAAUGAAGAAAACUGCUUUAAGGUUUACAUUUAUAAAAUUGAUUGUCGCGUAACCAUUGAACUUUUGGACUCUGAGCCUGAAGAGUUGGAGAAAUCCGUUAUUAAGGAACAGAAGUUCAGCAAAUAUGUGGAACAUCUGGCAAACCCUGCCAUAGAGGUUGGCGGCGCUGAUGGGAGGGGCAGUAGCGCCAAUAUAAUAUCAAAUGCAGUUUUAAAUCUUGAAAUGCCCGAAACAUCUGAAAUCAAAAAGGAAGAGGAGGAGGAAAACGCUGAGCACCAAAAUAGUGGUGGUAAGAGAAAGCCUCGUUUCUUGCUGCGUAACAAACGUCGAUCAAAGCUACAUGAGGAACAAGUGCGUCAAUUGUUCGAACAGAAAAAAGCCGAAGAACAGCAGAAGCCAGCAACCACCAUAGCAGCAGGGGUACUUUCAACGGGAUCUGAGUGUUGUGAUUCCCCAAUUAGCAAUAAUAACAAUAGCUGGAGUAAACGUCUGCCUGAACGAUUGGGCACUCCCCAGGUGGGUCUGGCCGAGCAAUAUGCAUUUAAUGAUCGCGACGAGAUUAAUGCCAUUGUCAGCAAUGGUCGCUGUUUUGUGACGAGCAAAAAUCUUAAGUUACUCAAAUACGAUGCAGUGCGUCGUGCCAAGAAGAGUCAUUGCCGUGUCACACAGGCCAAACAUGCACAGUUCCAAAUUUUUGUCAACAAAUGGCUUCAAAAGUAUGUCAGUGAUCAACAACAUAAGCAUUGCACUGACUGGCUACUAGGCAGGACAUCCGAACAAGUUUGUUCUAGUGGCUGGGGAAUCACUAGCAAAACGAAAUGUUUGCAAAAUAAAGAUACGACGAGAACGCCGUAUCGCGUAUACAGCAAAUAUAAAGUUAUUCAAGUCGCCCCUACACUAACAACCUCUUCGGUGACAACUUCAGCGGUAGCAGCACAGGAAACAACAUCUAUAGUGCCUUCAUCCACAGCAACUGCUUUUGCUUCGUCAUCUAGCUUCAACAACACCUCUAACAACAACACUAUUACCAAUAUCACCACCAUUUUACCAUCCACUGAAACCACAAGUACACCUAGUAUCAGCGGAAGCAGUUCGAAUCGCACUCCACAGCAGCAGCUCUGCAAUAGUGCAGCUGCUGCAGCCAAUAUUUCUAGCAAUUCUGAAGCGGCUUUACAGCAAGUGCGGCCUAUGGAAAGCUAACCGCGAAGGGGUUGGUCAAAUAUCUUUACAUGACGAUAAUUGUAUGUUGUCGAUGACUGUAUUUAUCCCGUACGAUAUAUCAUUGUGAUACUAGUUCCACUUGAACUUUACCAAGUGAGGUCUACUUGAUGAAAGUCCAGUUUAGUGUAAUAUAGGUUUAUUAGAACUUAAUAUAUUAAAAAGAAAAAUUAUAAUCUAUAUAUCUAUUUGUAAACUAACACUUUGUACAAAUUCUUGUAAUUCUUUAGCUAUAGGCGUAUUCUUUUUAAUAAGAACUUAAGCUAAGAAACUCAAUUGCAUCAAUCUACACCUUUAAGUUUUUAGCAUUAUAGUUCCACUUGUUUGUAAGCGACAAAAUAGUAGAAAAACACUGAAAGAGUUUAAAUUUUGAAUAAUUCAUGUGUACUGAAGAAAUAUAUUAGAAGGAAGAAAAAUUUGGAUAUAAUAAUUGUGCUAGUAACACAUAGAAGACCCAUUUAAUUAUUGGUUACUACUUAUUAUAAAUAAUAAAAAAAAAAAAUUAGAUUUCUUUUUAA